AUGGCGGGCAGUCUAACACGAGAGGUGAUAACUCUCCAAUUUGGUCAUUACUCCAACUUUGUCGGUACUCACUGGUGGAAUGUUCAAGAAUCUAGCUUCUGCUAUGACCCUAGUUCUUCAUUUCAACAAGAAAUUAACCACGAUGUGUUGUUUAGGGAAGGUUUAACUUUACACGGCGACCAAACUUACACUCCAAGGUUGUUGGUGUUCGAUUUGAAAGGAAGUCUAAAAAAUCUACCAAAAUAUGGAACUUUGUAUCAGACUCCAUCUGACGGCCACGAAACCUUGUGGGAAAGGGCAGUUUCUGUACAUGAAUCAGAACCAGAACCUAAAAAUGAAUUUCAAAUGGACUUGGAAGCGGUACUGGAGUCUGAGAACGAUCGCGAAACAGAAGUUUCUGUUGACAAUAGAACGCUUGAUCAGGAUCCUGUCGAUAAAAACCCAAGAGAAAAGUAUUAUGACCUGGAUAAAAAUGUCUUUGUGUGGUCAGACUUCUUAGGAACCUGCUUGCAUCCGAAAUCAAUUCAGCUUGUGCGGGAUUACCUGCAUGAUGGAAGCACUAGUCCAUUUGAUGUGUUUGGAUACGGACAGUCUGUAGCCAAAGAUGAACACUUUUAUGAUGAGUUUGAAAGCAAUCUUCAUUUCUUUGUCGAGGAAUGUGACAGUCUACAGGGAUUCCAGGUUAGAAUUAUACCGCUUGGAAAAAUGAAUUUGUGGAGAGGUCUAUAGAGUGUCUGCAAGCUAUCUGACGAAAGUUUUGAUCAUUUCGCCGUUUUGUUCAUUUUAUGAUUUUGCAAGUUGAGACAGGUAGCUGUCUGUUUUAAGGUGAUUCUCAAUGCCUUGUGGAUUGUAAUCCAGGUCUGUUUAACCUUAAUCUGGGUCCCUGCUUCUCAGUGAGGAACAGAAUUGAUAAUAGGAAAACUGUCUACUGCCCAUUUUCCCUCCCCCUAAUAUUUUCUUGCUUUUUUUAACUCCUUCCUUCUACUUUCCCCAACCCCUGCCCCCCUUGACCAGUGAUCUGGCCUACUUGCACUUAGGAGCCUGGUGCUUGUCUAGCUUUUUGCUUGCUUAACUUUCAUCUGUUUUUAAACCAGAAAACCUGUGCUACAUAUGCAACCAAUUAGAUAUAAACUAAUCAUAGCUCAGCCAUUCACACUUUCUUGUGCUUGAGGCCAUCAAUGUGUCUGUAGUUUAAGUUUUCUUUGGUUUCUUUGGCUGUGAUAUUUUCCUAUGUUCUGAUUGAGCAUAGUGAAAACUAUAGUGUUAGUUUUGCACUGCUUAGCCCCUUAACCCCCAAGAUCUGAUUGUUAAUUCUCUCCUGUAGCUGCUACACAUUUCCUUUUAAAUUAGUUAUGAGAACUUGGUGCUAGAUCAAGAUAGCAGCUUCUACCUGAUAAGUCUGAAUAUUCUGAUUACCUGUUUCCUGAAGAAUGCAUGGAUAUUGUAGGGAGAAGUUUUAUGUCAAUCACUUCUGGGAGUUAAAGGGUUAAUGCUUAAGUGUCCAGCUUCAGUUAUGGACACUUCUUUAAGGUCUCUGCAAUGUCUGCUCAACUGAUGUCAGUUUUAUAAUUUGUUCUUACAGAUAUUCUCUGAUGUAUAUAAUGGUUUCGGUGGCAUAAGCAGCCAGCUACUUGAAGACCUAAGAGAUGAGUAUGGGAAUAAAUCAUUUCUUACAUUUGGAGUUACACCAACUGAAUUUCCCAAGGAAACGCAUAAAGGUGCUGUUCAUAGAAUCCUGAAUUCAGCUCUGAGUUUUGGUCAGUUGGCACUAAACAGUGAUAUGUUUGUACCUAUGUCACUUGCUCAAGAGGUGUGGCCACACCUGGGACAAGCCAGGGAUUUUCCUCUUUUAGAUUAUAAGGUGAUUUAGUUUCCUUUUAUGAGCAUUAUAGAACCAGUAAUCAUCUCAUAAGCAAUUGUUUGCUAAGGUAUUUUUUUUGUUUUUCUUUCACAGCCUGCUUUGUCAUACCACACCAGUGCAGUGUUGGGAGCAUGUGUGGACACAAUCACUAUGCCUUACCGGCUCCUCACACCUCAGGCAGUCAACAUGAACAGCUUUGUAAAUAGUGUGGCAUUCGGAGAGAGAAAGAUUGCCAGCCUCUCAUUGACUUUCCCUUUGCCCAUAGAAGAUGCUAUUCCUUUGUCGUCCCUUCUAGGCUCUACACUGAGUAGAAAUGGAACAGAACUUUUGCAGUCAGUAACUCCUGGUAUUUCACAUUCUUCCUCUCUUAUAUCUCAGUCUGCAGUCAUAAGAGGCAUCCCUGCUUCUCUCACCCAUACACCUCAACAAAACAUCCAGUCCCAGAAUUCUGUGUUGCAUGAGAACCCAUUUGAAGUUUGCACGACUGCUAGUGAAAUGGUUCAAACAUUUCUGCAAAAUUUACACCCUCAGACUCAACCUGUGUGUUGGAAUGUCAAUCAAACUUGUAUGGUCAAGCCUCCUUUUCCAAAUAUUUUCGGCUCAAGAGUAACCAAUGAUGGACUUGUUGUUGAUGAAUAUACAAGACCAGAGAGUGUACGAGUGAGUCAGACAAGUGUUCUUAGUCGUCUCGAGACAAAUUCUGGCAUCGCUAGUAUGCUUCUGUCAUUGAUUCAGUGGGCAAAAAGAGUAAAUAUCAGUAAGCAUUAUUUGUUUUUGGAAUCAGGUACUGAAGAAGAAACAUUUAAAGAAAUGCUUGAAGAUUUGACUAGUUUGUCUCAGCGUUACGUAAACCCGUGAUACAGUAAAAUAGAAUUUUCAAGCGUUUCAAUUAGUGCUAGAAUCUUUUUAUCUUUAAAUUAAAAAGAGUUCCUCUGUCUUCGUAUGUUACAAUGUGGUGAAACCAAAAUCUUUAGAUUCAGUGACUGAAAUUUCUCCUCGGUGAAACAGUGCAUCUUUCCUACGAAAAUUGAUAAGGCUUUUAGGAAUUGGUAACGUCUCACGAUUUUUACCUGUAGGCCUCAGACUUUGCGAUAGAAGUGUGCUUCUGGUUGUUGUAAUCUACAUGAAACGACUUACUAAGUUUGCGCACUAUCUUACCGGUCGGCUGCGAUGUACUCCCUGUAGGAAUACUCCGGCUUUAAAACCACCUUUUCCACUUUCUGUGUCUUCGACGGAAGAACAAAUAACAGUUUGAACAGUUUCUGCCAAUUUAAAGAAUUGUCUUUCUGUGCGAAUUAGUGUAGCAGACAUCUCAAUACUAAAGGAAAAAAAUGACGUUUGAAUCGACGGAUUGUACGCCACAGAGAUCUACGUCAAGCGCGGGAAAAGAAAUGCACGCGCGCGGUCAUUAGGGUCGCUUUACAAAAUUCAUUUAAUCCAUCAUGAAACGUUUUAAUUUACAAAUAAAAAAAAAAGCUCGAGAGAUACUAGUGCUGAGCCUUGAUUUUGCC